AUGUCGGGCGUCAGACUUGCCCCCGCCGUUUCCCAGACCCGGAAGACGUCUCACAAAGCGUGCUGGUGGAACGUGGUGGGCGUGCAGGGCUCCCUGCUGAGCAUCUUCGUGGAGCCCAUCUACUUCUCCAGCAUCAUCCUGGGCAGCCUGUACCACGGCGACCACCUGUCGCGCGCCAUGUACCAGCGCAUCGCCAGCAUCGAGGGCCUGCCGCCCCUCUACACCCUCAACAAGCCCCUGCUCAGCGGCAAGUAUCUGGGCCGCGGCGCCGCCCGCUGGGGCCUCCCGGCAGCCGGCGCGGCCGAGAAUUCAGUGGCGCACGAUGAAGAUGUUUGUGUGUUUAAGUGCUCAGUGUCCCGGGAGACGGAGUGCAGCCGUGUGGGGAAGCAGUCCUUUAUCAUCACCCUGGGCUGCAACAGUGUCCUCAUCCAGUUCGCCACACCGAACGAUUUCUUUUCCUUCUACAACAUCCUGAAAACCUGCCGGGGGCACACCCUGGAGCGGUCGGUGUUCAGCGAGCGCACAGAGGAAUCCUCUGCCGUGCAGUAUUUCCAGUUUUAUGGCUACCUGUCCCAGCAGCAGAACAUGAUGCAGGACUACGUGCGGACGGGCACCUAUCAGCGUGCGAUCCUACAGAACCACACAGACUUCAAGGAUAAGAUCGUACUUGAUGUUGGCUGUGGCUCCGGGAUACUGUCAUUUUUUGCUGCCCAAGCCGGAGCAAGGAAGAUCUAUGCCGUGGAGGCCAGCACCAUGGCCCAGCAUGCUGAGGUCUUAGUGAAGAGUAACAACCUCACUGACCGAAUCGUGGUCAUCCCCGGGAAGGUGGAAGAGGUCUCUCUCCCUGAGCAGGUGGACAUCAUCAUCUCGGAGCCCAUGGGCUACAUGCUGUUCAAUGAGCGCAUGCUUGAGAGCUACCUCCACGCCAAGAAGUACCUGAAGCCCAGUGGAAACAUGUUCCCCACCAUUGGUGACGUCCACCUCGCGCCCUUCACGGAUGAACAGCUCUACAUGGAGCAGUUCACCAAGGCCAACUUCUGGUACCAGCCAUCCUUCCACGGAGUAGACCUGUCAGCCCUCCGAGGUGCAGCGGUGGAUGAAUAUUUCCGGCAGCCUGUGGUGGACACAUUUGACAUCCGGAUCCUGAUGGCCAAGUCUGUCAAGUACACGGUGAACUUCUUAGAAGCCAAAGAAGGAGAUUUGCACAGGAUAGAAAUCCCAUUCAAAUUCCACAUGCUGCAUUCAGGGCUAGUUCAUGGUCUGGCUUUCUGGUUUGACGUCGCUUUCAUUGGCUCCAUAAUGACCGUGUGGCUGUCCACAGCCCCAACGGAGCCCUUGACUCAUUGGUACCAGGUCCGGUGUCUGUUCCAGUCACCACUAUUUGCCAAGGCUGGGGACACUCUCUCAGGGACAUGUCUGCUUAUUGCCAACAAAAGACAGAGCUACGACAUCAGUAUUGUGGCCCAAGUAGACCAGACGGGCUCCAAGUCCAGUAAUCUCCUGGAUCUAAAAAACCCCUUCUUCAGAUACACAGGCACGACACCCUCGCCCCCUCCUGGAUCCCAUUAUACGUCCCCCUCGGAGAACAUGUGGAACACGGGCAGCACCUACAACCUCAGCAGUGGGAUGGCUGUGGCAGGGAUGCCAACAGCCUAUGACCUGAGCAGUGUUAUUGCCGGCGGCUCCAGUGUGGGCCACAACAACCUGAUUCCUUUAGCCAACACGGGGAUUGUCAAUCACACCCACUCCCGGAUGGGCUCCAUAAUGAGCACAGGGAUUGUCCAAGGGUCCUCAGGUGCCCAGGGCAGCAGUGGCGGUGGUUCAAGUGCCCACUACGCAGUCAACAGCCAGUUCACCAUGGGUGGCCCUGCCAUCUCCAUGGCCUCACCCAUGUCCAUCCCAACCAACACCAUGCACUACGGGAGCUAGGCCCUCGCAGCAGGACGGACUGACAGCACCAGGAAACCAAAUGAAGACCCGCCCACCCCCUUCUCUGCGGCGGCUUUCACCCUUAUACUGGAGAAGCCCAAACACCAGUCACAGCCCUCUUUGCUAUGGGAACUUGGACACUUUUUUACACGAACGUUGCCGCCGCCGUCCCCAACCCCCACAUCUUGGCCCUGAGCGUGUGUUGCUGCCAUGUUUUACACAAGAUCAUACCAUGGGAGCCCCAUUCCCCUUCCUGCCCUCCACCCUGACCUGGGUUUGACAUCUACCAUAAUGGGCGUGUGUGGGCCUGGUAGCUGCCACCCAGUUAGAGAGGGCAAAGGGGAACAGCUGCACCCACCCAGUCCUUCAGCGCCAGCCCCCCUGCCUGUCCCCAGUGGGCAAGCAGCCCUGGCCAGGCGGGGCCUCCAUUCAACUACCAGGCCUUGGUCACCAUGGGCGUGACAUGCUGCUUUUUUUAAUUUUAUUUUUUUACGAAGAAAAAAACCAGUGUCAAUCCAUAGACCCUCUGAGAACCAGGCCGGCCGGGCCGAGCCAGCAGCCCCUUCCCCUCCACCCCCCCCAUUCAGAGGCUCAGUGAGGAGGGGCAGCCCUGCAGAGGUUAUGGGACUAGGGGUGGGCCAGGCCUCUGGAGCCUCAGUGCCCCCUCCCACUAAAGGGUUCACCUCACACUUGAAUGUACAACCACCCAGCUGUCGGGAAGGCCCCUGUCCUUGGCCCUUGCCUCUUGCUGCUGUCCUGUCCCUGAGCCCUAUAGGUCUCCCUCCCACACCUGGAGCUAGAACCGGCCCUGCCGGCCCGGGCCUGAGGGGAAGAAGGGUCAUCAUCAGCUGCCUGAGGCCCGACAUAGAAACCUCAAGGAUCUGUCCUGGAAGGCAUCCUUUUUCCUUGUAGUUACAUUAGGCCUGUGUAUUUCCCUCACUAUUUGUAGACGCUCCAGUCCCAGUCCCUACAACUAUGAUGGCAUUUGGGUCCCUCCCCAGCCUGGGAACAGGCCUUGCAGGGACCUCUCCCUCCAAAAAAAGAAAAGGAAAAAAAAAAAAAAAGCCAAAACCACC